GGUUGUCUGGGGUGGGGAGAGAGGGGUUCUGCAGCUACGGGAUGGGGGGCGGGGCUGGGGCGGCUGGCGAGGGCUCAGCACAUAACUCUGGGCGGUUACAGUCUAGGGCUGCAGACACCCAGCCACUCUGAGCAGAACUGACAGCAUGAAGGCCCUCCUGGCCCUGCCGCUGCUGCUGCUUCUCUCCACAUCCCCGUGUGCCCCCCAGGUCUCCGGGAUCCGCGGAGAUGCUCUGGAGAGGUCUUGCUUCCAGCAACCCCUGGACUGUGAUGACAUCUAUGCCCAGGGCUACCGGUCAGAUGGCGUGUACCUCAUCUACCCCUCGGGCCCCAGCGUGCCUGUGCCCGUCUUCUGUGACAUGACCACUGAGGGCGGGAAGUGGACGGUUUUCCAGAAGAGAUUCAAUGGCUCAGUGAGUUUCUUCCGGGGCUGGAAUGACUACAAGCUGGGCUUCGGCCGUGCUGACGGAGAGUACUGGCUGGGGCUGCAGAACAUGCAUCUCCUGACGCUGAAGCAGAAGUAUGAGCUGCGAGUGGACUUGGAGGACUUUGAGAACAACACAGCCUAUGCCAAGUACGCUGACUUCUCCAUCUCCCCAAACGCAGUCAGCGCAGAGGAGGAUGGCUACACCCUCUAUGUGGCAGGCUUCGAGGACGGCGGGGCAGGUGACUCCCUAUCCUACCACAGUGGCCAGAAGUUCUCUACCUUUGACCGGGACCAGGACCUCUUUGUGCAGAAUUGUGCAGCUCUCUCCUCAGGAGCCUUCUGGUUCCGCAGCUGCCACUUUGCCAACCUCAAUGGCUUCUACCUAGGUGGCUCCCACCUGUCUUAUGCCAAUGGCAUCAACUGGGCCCAGUGGAAAGGCUUCUACUACUCUCUCAAGCGCACAGAGAUGAAAAUCCGCCGGGCCUGAGGGGCUGGACCCCUCCCCUGUACACCCAUGGUCUCCAUGAGUGCUCCCUCUGCUGCCCCUGAUGCAUGCUUCUGCUGCUUCCCAAGCACCAACUCCUUACAGGGGACUUUGUGGCUCUCAGCCAUGCCUCAUCCCUGUCACACACCCAGGGCGUCCAUUCCUAAGCCAGGUCCAGCUCCCUUGCACCUGAAGUUAUGCUGCCAGCAGCUCCCCAGGCCUUUUCCGAGCAGCACAGGGUUCUAGCCUGGACCUGGAUGGGCUCCACGACAGAGUUGCCUCCACCCUGUCCCAACAGCUGACAGCCAGGAGCCACCCUCCCAGCUGCAGGCCUUGGUGUUCCACCUUGCCCUUCUUCCUCACUGUGGACCUGUCUGGGUCACCACAGUGUGCUAGGUGAGUGGUGCAGAGUAAACAGAGUGAACAGUGCAUUCCAGGCCACAGCCCAGCAGUCCUCUGGCUGCUCUUAAACCAUGUCCCAUCUUUAGCCUCCCUACCACCAACUUACUCCCUUGUGGUGAGCACCGUGGACCCCCAGCCCACAGCACUAUCAUACUCAGCUUCCCCUGAUGGCCCAUCCCAGCCCCUGAAACUCUAUGCCAAGGCCACAGCUACUGCAUACCACCCUGAAACAGUCACAGCCAAGGUAGGCAUGCAUAUGAGGCCUUCCCCACACCCUCUGGGGGUUGAGGUUUAGCAACAUGAGUAGGCAGAGGACAAACUGCAGGGUUGGGAGUCGGUAGGGACUGAAGGGCUCAAUAAACCUUCAGAACCUGAA